CACUUAAAGGGCCGGGAAUGGGGGUGCCGCCACCGCCUAGUCAGCGCUGCGUCCCCUGAUCCCGGCCGCCGCCGCUCUGUAGUCGCGGCUCCCCCGCCCCGUCCUCUGCCCGCCUGCCCGCACCGUCCCCCUGGAGCCGGCCGGCCGGCCAGGAGCCAGGCCGAGUCUUCGCCAUGCUUGUCCGAUUGCUGCUGCUGCUGUUGGCGUUGCUGCUGCCCGGCCCCGGGGUUUUGGGGAGUCCCAGCACUGUGACACUUCCUGAAACCUUGCUGUUUGUGUCAACGUUAGAUGGAAGUCUGCAUGCCGUCAGCAAGAGGACAGGCUCUAUCAAAUGGACUUUAAAAGAAGAUCCAGUCCUGCAGGUUCCAACACACGUGGAAGAGCCUGCCUUCCUCCCAGAUCCCAAUGAUGGCAGCCUGUACACGCUUGGGGGCAAGAACAACGAAGGCCUGACGAAACUUCCCUUUACGAUCCCUGAGUUGGUGCAGGCAUCUCCGUGCCGAAGCUCAGAUGGCAUUCUCUACAUGGGUAAAAAGCAGGACAUUUGGUAUGUUAUCGACCUCCUGACCGGGGAGAAGCAGCAGACCCUGUCAUCAGCCUUUGCAGACAGCCUCUGCCCAUCAGCCUCUCUGCUGUAUCUGGGGCGAACAGAAUACACCAUUACCAUGUACGACACCAAGACCCGCGAGCUGCGCUGGAACGCCACCUACUUCGACUACGCGGCCGCGCUGCCCGAGGACGACGGGGACUACAAGAUGUCCCACUUUGUGUCCAAUGGCGAUGGGCUGGUGGUGACGGUGGACAGCGAGUCUGGGGACGUCCUGUGGAUCCAAAACUACGCUUCGCCCGUGGUGGCCUUUUACAUCUGGCAGCACGAGGGUCUGCGGAAGGUGAUGCACAUCAACGUCGCCGUGGAGACCCUGCGCUACCUGACCUUCAUGUCGGGGGAGGUGGGGCGCAUCACCAAGUGGAAGUACCCAUUCCCCAAGGAGACGGAGGCCAAGAGCAAGCUGACGCCCACCCUCUAUGUGGGGAAAUACUCCACCAGCCUCUACGCUUCCCCCUCGAUGGUACACGAGGGCGUCGCCGUUGUGCCCCGGGGCAGCACCCUUCCUUUGCUGGAAGGCCCCCAGACCGACGGUGUCACCAUCGGGGACAAAGGGGAGUGUGUGAUCACGCCCAGCACAGACCUGAAGUUCGACCCCGGGCUCAAAGGCAAGAGCAAGCUCAACUACCUGCGGAACUACUGGCUACUCAUCGGACACCACGAAACCCCACUGUCUGCGUCCACCAAAAUGCUGGAGCGCUUCCCCAACAACCUGCCCAAACACCGGGAGAACGUGAUUCCCGCCGACUCGGAGAAGAAGAGCUUUGAGGAGGUCAUCAACCUGGUUGACCAGACUUCAGAAAACGCACCUACCACGGUUUCUCCAGACAUGGAAGAGAAGUUUGAUCACGCCCCUGCCAAGCCCGAGGCCCCCGUGGACUCCAUGCUCAAGGACAUGGCCACCAUCAUCUUAAGCACCUUCCUGCUCAUCGGCUGGGUGGCCUUCAUCAUCACCUACCCCCUGAGCAUCCACCAGCAGCGGCAGCUCCAGCACCAGCAGUUCCAGAAGGAACUGGAGAAGAUCCAGCUCCUGCAGCAGCAGCAGCUGCCCUUCCACCCACCCGGGGACGCGGCACAGGACGCCGAGCUCCAGGACUCGUCCGGCCAGUACUCGGAGAGCUCGGCCACCAGCAGCCCCAACACGUCCCCCCGAGCCUCCAACCACUCGGUCCACUCCACCGGCUCCACCUCCAAGGCUGUCACCAGCCCCUUCCCGGAGCAGGACGAUGAGGAUGAGGAGACCAGCAUGGUGAUGGUUGGGAAAAUCUCCUUCUGUCCAAAGGACGUCCUGGGCCACGGAGCUGAGGGCACGAUUGUGUACCGGGGCAUGUUUGACAACCGCGACGUGGCGGUCAAGAGGAUCCUCCCCGAGUGUUUCAGUUUCGCGGACCGUGAGGUCCAGCUGCUGAGAGAGUCGGAUGAGCACCCGAACGUGAUCCGCUACUUCUGCACCGAGAGGGACCGGCAGUUCCAGUACAUCGCCAUCGAGCUGUGCGCGGCCACGCUGCAGGAGUACGUGGAGCAGAAGGACUUCGCCCACCUCGGCCUGGAGCCCAUCACCCUGCUGCAGCAGACCACCUCAGGCCUGGCCCACCUGCACUCCCUCAACAUCGUUCACAGAGACCUGAAGCCCCACAACAUCCUCCUCUCCAUGCCCAACGCACACGGCAGGAUCAAGGCCAUGAUCUCCGACUUCGGCCUCUGCAAGAAGCUGGCCGUGGGCAGGCACAGCUUCAGCCGCCGCUCAGGCGUGCCGGGCACUGAAGGCUGGAUCGCCCCGGAGAUGCUGAGCGAAGACUGCAAGGAGAACCCCACCUACACGGUGGACAUCUUCUCCGCGGGCUGCGUCUUCUACUAUGUGAUAUCCGAGGGCAGCCACCCCUUCGGCAAGUCCCUGCAACGCCAGGCCAACAUUCUGCUGGGUGCCUACAGCCUUGACUGCCUGCACCCUGAGAAGCAUGAGGACGUCAUUGCCCGGGAGUUAAUAGAGAAGAUGAUCGCCAUGGAUCCCCAGAAGCGCCCGUCAGCAAAGCAUGUGCUGAAACACCCUUUCUUCUGGAGCCUGGAAAAGCAGCUCCAGUUCUUCCAGGACGUGAGUGACCGGAUAGAGAAGGAGGCCCUGGACGGCCCGAUAGUGAAGCAGCUGGAGCGCGGCGGGCGGGCCGUGGUGAAGAUGGACUGGCGGGAAAACAUCACCGUGCCCCUGCAGACAGAUCUGCGGAAAUUCAGAACCUAUAAAGGCAGUUCGGUCCGAGAUCUCCUCCGAGCCAUGAGGAAUAAGAAGCACCACUACCGGGAGCUGCCCGAGGAGGUGCAAGAGACGCUGGGCGCCCUCCCCGACGGCUUCGUGCGCUACUUCACCUCCCGCUUCCCCCACCUCCUCCUGCACACCUACCGCGCCAUGGAGCUGUGCCGCCACGAGAGGCCCUUCCAGCCCUACUACCACGAGCCCCCCGAGCCCCAGCCCCCCGUGACUGCAGACGCCCUCUGAGCUGGGCGGCCUCCACGCUGGUGGCCUCGCUGGGACUGAGGGCCUGGUCUCUACGAGCCGCAGCCCGGUGCCUCCCGGCCGAGCAGGGAAACCAGGCCCUGAAGCCAAGUGCCUUGAGCUGCCCGCUCCGCAGCCAGCAGGGGAAGAUGCCAACCCCGGGCAGAAGGAGAGGUGAUGCCCCCCUGCCCACCCCCAACCUGAGGAGGAGCUGGGAAGACGCUGGUCAUGAAAGCUGGACCAUCGGGGGAUGUCUGGGAAGGAGGACUGGUCCCAGAGGCAGAGAGGAGCGCCGUCCGUCUUCUCUCCUGGAUAUACUCGCUUCAGACUCGCAUUUCUUUUAAAACUCCCUGUCUGAUGCCAGCCUGUAGGCCUUUAAGGAAGAGAGACGAGGGACCCCUCUGUGUUGCCCACAUGCUGGGUCCAGGAGCUCCCCUUUCUCGGACCAGCUAGGCUGAGCUGCACCAAGUGUGGCGUCUGCCAGGAGCAGGGCCUUGGAGGAGAGGGUCCCUGGGAGGGGGAGAGCCUUCAGAGGGUGUCGUCCCUGGGGAUCAGAGAGGUCUCCUUCAUCACUGGUGCACCCACAGGCUCCCAGGUCACUGUGACCAGCGUUUCCUCUGGGGCGGCGAGAGCCUUGAGCGUGGGGGCGCGGUGAGGGGACAGGCCAGCCCGGCACUCUGGAAGGCGAGGCCAUGUCUGCAGGUCUCAGACACAGAGAGGAUGCCGUGGCCCCGGGCACCAGUGGCCUGAAUGGUGGCCCUUGGUGGGUCCAUGCCUUGGGCACUCGGGGUUAUUUAGGAACAUCUGGGGGCAAGAGGUGAUAAGUCCCCUGGCCACAAGGGGUAGAAGCUUGGACCCAGGCAGGGACAGGCCGGAGGGGCCGGAGGGGAGCAGGCCAGAUGGGACAUUCAGGGCCUACCUGGAGAGUCCUGGCCAGUGGGCAGGCAGUGAGGCCGCUCUGUCCCUGGGGCCAGCAGGACCGGCCAGGGGGUUGAGGGCCGAGGCCAGGGUCACCACACCCUUUGUGGGCAGGCUUUUAUGUUUCCCUUGGCAGAUUUUAAUAACUUUUUAUUUUGAUCAUACUGUAGAAUGCUACAUUAGUGUGAGCUAAACUGAACUUGAAGCUUACUCAUGAAGAAGCAAUGCAAGAAACAGAAUAAUACAUCUUCUGUUUUGUAGGGUACCGAAAGCCCCAGCCCCUGGUUCUCUAAUGCUGAAGAGUAAAACAUUGUAGCAACACUAUGUACAUGCAUGACACAACCUCAAAAUCAUAUUCUCCAAAUUAUGUCAAUACCAUGGCUUUCCCCCCCCCCAAAAUUGAUACGUUUUAACGUUAGUUUUAGUCAAAAAUUUCUCUGUCUUUUCUCUGCUGAAAGCCUUAGAGGUUUAAUACAGUCAGGAUAUAGGUAAGGAAGCAUUUUCUGUGUACCUUCUCCAGCCAGGUGGACGGACCACUGCAUUUCAGUCCUGGUGAACUCAGAGAUUCCACUCGGGAGGAAGAAUGUUACUAUCAAUCUUCUCUAACUGACAGAGAGAAAUCGCUGUUUAUUCUCCUCUCAAGAUGCUUUCUGGCAGUGGAUUUGAACGAGAGCCAGUCGCCAAAACACUCAUUCUGCCUUCAGUUAAUUCAACUCCCUUCCUUUCAGUCUGCCUAAAGUCAUUUUCUCUCUUUCUCUCUCUUUUAAAAUUAUCCUACAUCUUUAAACCUCAUCAGUUACCUCAUUUAGACCUAGGAACCCCGGCAUCCUCAGUCGGCAUCAAUGUCUCGUACGAUGCUGUCCGUUUUUCAGGAACACAGAAAACCAACGUCGUCUUCUCCCAGCUCUGAUGCUCCCGGGCCAGCCUCCAUCCCAGCUGUUUUCAUACGACUCUGCAGGUCACUUUUCCGCCAGGACGGAUGGUGAGACAGUUCGAGGUGGAGAAGGAGAAGGUGCCACGGGUGAUUUAAGGUGCCGUCAGCGUCCCGUGCCGCCGGGGGCAGGGUUAGGGGGUCAGCCGCAUCGUCUUUGUCUCUGCUGAAUGCUCUCCUGGGGAGUAGCCAGGUCAUUCCCACCACCCCAGGGUUUGUCUCGUCUCUCUGUUUUGGCCCCUCUUGCCUCCAGGACAGCUUCUUUUUUUUUUUUUUUUUAACUGCCUUUUCUGCUUGUGGCAAUAGUUUUUAACCAUCCAACUGUCUCAAACUCGUUUAUUCACUGUAUUUUAUUUGAGCACUUCUAUAUGUGCUGGACAGGAUAUUGGGUGCCAAAGACACAGGUGAACCAAACAGGCCAAACCUCGGCUUUCAUGUGAGCCAGUGGUAGAGAGCGGGCAGGGAGUAAAUACCAGCACUGCGAAGAAAACGCAGGGGUGGGGAAGGGUGUGCAUCUGGGGUUGGCACCCAGCAAAUCGCCUUAUGUUUAUCUUCUCUCCAUCGCCUUUGAGAACCCAGCCACCCUUCAGUCCUCACAAGUGGCCUGUAGAGGUCUUGUAUGGGUUCCUGUCAUGCUGACACCUCGGGCACCAUCUGGUUUAUCCUGUCCUGGUCUCUAGAAUUCUGGUUUCCUGUUGUUCUGGGCGGGAAGGUGUUCUUUCAUGAAAAGAGGGUUCUGCAGUCGGCCACGUCCUGUCACAGCUGAGCCGCUGAUCUGAUCUCUUGUACGAUUCCUGGAAGGCUGCAUUUUCACAGGUACACCAUCUUUAUCUUCUUUUUUUUGGCUGUGCUGGGACUUCGUUGCUGCACAUGGGCUUUGUCUACUUGUGGCGAGCAGGGGCUAUUCUAGCUGAGGUCACCAGCUUCUCUUUGAGGUGGCUUCUCUUCUUGCAGAUCAUAGGCCGUAGGGCACACAGGCUUCAGUAGUCGCCGCGCUUCGGUUAGUUGCCCCGAGGCAUAUCGAAACUUCCCCAGAUCAGGGGUCGAACCCGUGUCCCCUGCAUUGGCAGACCAGUUCUUAUCCACUGGACUACCAGGGAAGUCCUGUCUCAUCUUUAAGACAGGAUUUAGUCACAUCUGUUAGGAAUCCCAAGGACACCAUCGUCUCUUUAAAUCUUGUAUUGAACCUUGUGUCGAAUCUGUCCUUGGCACACCUGCUAGAAUCCUCAUGCUGCUGCUUGAGUCCUUUUAACUUCAUUUUUUAAAGAGCUCCACCUGUCAUGGGCGCCAGAGCAUCUGCAUGCUCAGCAAUCAUAGGUGUUACGUGAUGUCACUAAAGCACCUGAGGUCUCAUGCCUGCCACCCUGGGCGCCAAGUUCCUCUCCCAUCUCCCCCUUUCUGAGUGCAGUAGUCCUCGUCGGCUCUCCCCAGGGAGACAUCAUUCCCACCCCUUACCCGAGAUCUACCAGUUAGCAGGCCCAGCUAAGUGCUUGCUUCCUACCAACUCGAGAAGAAAGUUCCUUAUCAGAGCUCCCCCUGAUCCUACGGGUGGGGUUUGGUGUGCGUGCCAUUUGUUUAUCACCUCAGUGAGAGAAGGAGUCUGGUCUGACCUCGAAGAUGUGAGGGGGCCCUUUGGGUCGUAGGGUUUUCUCCUCUUGGACGCUUUCUUCUGCGAAGUUGGACCGUGGCCAGGCUUGGCUUUCUCGGGACUGUUCUCAUUGUAUAUCUCUGUUCAUCGGAUCCUCAGCCUUGAGGUCAUCCAGGGAGGUGGGCUGGUCCCAUUUUCACAGCCUUCUGUGGAAGGGCUGGAGGAUAGCACAAAACACCUGAUAGGAGCCUCUUUCUAUUCUCUUGAGCUUUCUCCAAUCAUUCAGCUUCUGAAAUCCCUCUUCGUAUUUCCCAGUAUUUUUCCUUGGCCACUCUUCACCAUCUUGGAGUAGUUUCUUCAGUUGACUGAUCCUUUGGGUGAGGUUUUGUGUGAAUGCCAUUCAUUUAUCACCGCAGUGAAGAAGGUGAACUGAUAGCUUGUCUGAUGUUGAAGAUAUGAGGGGGGCCUUUGGGUUGUAGGGCUUUCUCCUCUUGGACGCUUUUUUCUCUGAAGUUGGAUCGGGGCCAGGCUUGGGUUUCCCGGGGCUGUUCUCAUUUGUGCAUCUCUGUGCACUUUGACCUUGCCUGAAGUAAGUCUCCAGGUAUCCUAUACAGAUGAGCCGGAAUUCCACUUUCCAGGGUUGGACCGUCAUCAUUCUUUUUUUUUUUUUGGACAAUUAUCUUUUAAACCAAAGAGUCUACUCUGUAUAUUUGGUUUUCUCUGUGAAUCAGUGAUUUCCCAUGAGUAACUGGUCCCAGUGCUUGUAUCAGGACUUAAAUCCCCUCUGUAUUCAUUGGAAAACCACAAAGACAGCAUCCCAAUGAGCCUCCCCACUGGAACAGCCUUAACCAACACUUCCAGCCAAAGUCCCCACCCGGCUCGCCUCACCCCUGUUCCUGAGUGUCCGGCAGGUACAGUAUCCUUCUCAGUGUCCCGGAAGCUGUGACGGGGGCGUCCCCACUGACCUAGAAAGCAUUACCAUUCUCAGAUGCUAACUUUAUGUAGUGUUCUUUUUGCGACGACCUAUUUAUUGAACCUAUUUAUAUUUAUUUAAUUUUUACUCUGAAGUGUAUCUAGUGACAGUUGCACUUGCUUAAAGCACAUCAGAUUUGCUUUGGAUAAACACCCCUGACCAUUUUAAAACUGGAAAAGUUACACUGUAUCCUUCCAUGGGAUGGACGCCUUACAGUAGUCUUGUCAUUAAAGGGUGAAUAAUUUGGUCAGGGUAAAAAUGUUAAUUUUUAAGUGAUUUUUUUUUUUUUUUCUUGUUAAAUUCUGUGCCAUUGUGUCUUCUCUGUGGACGGUUAAUUGUUUCAUGGAUAUGUGUUAAUCGUGUGAUACAAUCCUCUUUGUGGAACCUAAAAAUCCUCUUUUUAGCUUUAUAUUUUAUAAACUGCCAGAUUGUACAAUUUUUACGUGUAUUUUUAAAGGUCGAUGAUGUGACGGUAAUUAUCUAAGUUAAACAGCCUAUUUUUGUACUUCCUGUACAGUUUUAUAACUCUGCUGAUCAGUGAUGGCACCUUACGCUGAGCCAACCACAAAUAAAGGCAGUUUUAGAUUUGGAA